AUGCCGUCCGCAGUGAACGUCGCUAGCGACGUCUUGACCAUUCUAUACUACUGCAUGAUAGUCCCUUCAUCACAACACAGAGGUUCCCAGUUAUUCAUUCUCAUCCAGAAGGAUGGGACCUUGCAAUUCAUGUUUGUCAUCAGUCUCUGA